AUGAACACGGUUAACGAUGAAGGCAAUGCGCCGAAACGCAAAAAACAGGAUACAGGCAGCAAUCGUGUUGAAAGGAAAAGGGAACUUGACAGGCUCGCACAGCGCGCAACGCGUGAAAGAACGAAGAACAAGAUCGCAGACUUGGAACAACGUCUGGCCAGUCUUGAAUCGGGAGACAAGAACUAUGAGAUAGCUCAACUCACUAAGGUCAUUGGCGACCUGCGCCAAGAAAAUGGGAGGUAUCAAACAGCACUAUUGAAGAUGAGGUUCGCCAUCAACGAAGCGCUUGGUGAGAGUGAAGAUACUAUAAGAAGAGACUCAACAUCAUCAACUACGUACACACCUUUGGUGAAUGAUGAUCGUUCAGGCUCGGUGACCGAUAUUGAAAGCACAUCUGAUCCAGCCAUCGCACUCACUCAUGGUUCAACUCUAACACAAACUCGACGUCUACAACCACUAUUCGAGUCACAGGGUUACCGUGCAGCUGUACCGCAGGAAUUCGGAAACAUAGACAUCAAUCAGAUUUACGAAUUCUUCGAAUAUGGUUCUGGCAACCCUUUUUCGAACCCUUCUCCACUCACAGGACGACUGCCACCCGAGGGCGGCUUUCUCGUGAUAGCACCUGACGAGCACAAGUGGACAACCUCCGACGACGCAUUCCAUCGUGGCUUACAGGCAAAUCCUAUUGUAAUGGAUUUCGAUGAAAGUGUGCUAGCAAGGGCAAUCCUGUUGGGGUGGGAAAGCAUCGGCACGGCGAUCCAACAUCCUAUCAUGUUCGCCCUGCAAUGCGUCGACCAGCGAGUGUUCGGCAAAUGGACCUCGAGGCCUCAACGGCUGGCUCUGAUGUAUAUUUGUGGAUGUGCCAUGCGGUGGCGGGCAAACCCGUCCGACGAGAAUCGAUCCAAGGUGCCUCCCUGGUUUCUUCCUCGUCCUGCGCAGCUUAGGAUAGAACAUCCGCUCGUUAUUGAUUUCUUGGUAUGGCCAGGGUUGCGCGAGAGACUCGUUUUCGAAUACGAGAAGUAUCAAGUCAGCGGCGAGUUCUCCUUCUGUUUCGUGGAGUACUUUCACUUCAACUGGCCAUAUCCGGAUGAGCAGGUUGCUCAAUACGACCCCGAAUCAGGUCUGAUUUGCGGGUUGAGUAGAUUGUAUCACGACUUCAUGUUUGAUCUCAAGAAUUGGACUAUGCUGCCUGGUUUCUUCGAGUCAUUCCCCGAGAUGAGGGCCGAUAUUGAUAUGUGGGUCGAACCACCAGUAGUAGGUUUUCAGAAAGUUCCCUGGACUUGA